UCUUCUUUGCAAGUUGUCUUAUGGAGAGGAAGUUUGUUGCUAGACAGUGAGUGGCACGACUGGCCGAGAACGACUUCCUUCCUCCGCCGGGACACUAACAUGGAGUUGGGGGCUUAUAAAUGCGAGCUAAACACUGUCUCAUGCAAAGAAUCGCAUAGGCUGCUGGAACGUGCAAGACCUUAAACGGACGCAACCAAGGUUCAAAUAUGAAGGAUGUUAGGGGACUGUUGGUCGUCGUGUUGACUACCCUGAUGGGAAGAGUCGGCGGGAUAGAGCCGAGUAACGGAUACUGCAUUGGGAACCAGUGCUUCAUGGUGCUUCAUGAUUCCAGCGAUUUUGCAACCGCUCAGAAUCAAUGCACAAAACAAAAUAGCAACUUAAUGACGGUGCGCUCGUCUGUAUCCCAUGAUAGUCUUGUUAUCUUGUUAGGGAACUCUACGGGGCGGUACUGGAUCGGUUUGCAUAGACCGACCGGUUGUCCCAGCAAUGAUGCUGCGCUGAGUGGCUAUGAAUGGGUGACUAAAGACACCGAAAGUGACUUCUACAACUGGGUGAAUUUUAACAGCAGCUGCUCGUCUCCCCGCUGUGUCUCAGUCGCCCUUGGGGAGGAUUUUAAAUGGUUCCAGGAUGCAUGCGAGGGACAAGCUGCCGGGUUUCUCUGUGAGUACAGCUUCCAGGAUCCGUGUAAAAACCUACAGGUUGCAGUGAACGAGACUGUGGUCUACAGUACCCCCAUGGGGUUUGAGGGCGAGGAUUUACUGUCUCUCCCCCCUGGAACCAUCGCUACCAAGAUGCCAUCUGAGACCAAAUACGUGUGCUUCAUUCAACAGUGGCGACAGGCACCCUGGAGCUGCGAGAUCCACGAAGGUGGUUGUGAAUACAAAUGCGCUGAGAACCCCAACAGUGUCCCCUCCUGCUACUGCCCGACGGGACAAAUCGUCAACCCAUCUAAUAAAGUCACCUGCGAGAUGGCCACAGAAGACCCGUGCCUGCACCUACGCUGCCAGUACGGAUGCUUCAAAACCGGUGAUUCUUACGUGUGUAUAUGUGACCAUGGCUAUAAACUGGCGCCGGACGGCAGGUCGUGCGUGGACUUCAAUGAUUGCAAGGACGAAAGGCAGUGUCCCGGUGAGAACUUCAUGUGUGUCAACACUCCUGGCGGGUUUCAGUGCGUCUGCAUGGGUGGAUACAAGUUGAUCAACGACCUGUGCGUCGACGUGGACGAGUGCGCAUCUGCCCCAUGCGAGCACCAAUGCGACAACUCACCUGGUAGUUACAAUUGCUCUUGUUAUGAUGGCUAUAAAGAGGAUCCAGAUUCUCCUAAUAAGUGCAAACUCCACUGUGGUUUAGAGGAAUGCGACGCGGUAUGCGACCCAAAUAAUGUGUUCGAAUGCUACUGCCCUGAGGGCUACAUAGCAGAUGAAAGAGGGGACCGUACAUUUUGCGUAGACAUGGAUGAAUGCUCUUUCUAUCAUUGUGAUCAAGGCUGUGAAAACACAUUCGGCGGCUAUGAGUGCUCUUGCCGUCGAGGAUACACUCUAGUUGAUCAGUUCAAGUGCGUAAAAAAUGAGGAUUGGGAAGAUGAACACAGCUCCACAGCUCCAAACACCAUCACACCAACACCAUUUAUGCCAUAUCCAGAUCCAACAUCGCAACCCUCAGGGGUAACAGUGGGGGUUCUGGUUGGGAUAAUAGUGUGCACUGUCUUUUUAAUUGUGCUGGUGGUUUUUCUGGCUCAUCACUUCCUCAGCGGUAGGGGAAAGAUGGAGAGCGCCGCUGCGCUCAAGGCUUCGGAGGGUGAGGCUCACGGUUUACACCGGGUGACAGGUGACAUGAGUUAAAAAGACGAGCCUCACAGAGACACUUAAAGCACGACAUGUGAAUGUACAGGUCAACCCUCGAAAACAGAACUUCAGUAACAGUUUUGUAAAGGUUUUGAAGGAUACACAUUUCACAACAAGGAGGAAUUCGACGGGAAUGUGGUGAUGGCAUAUGAGAUAAGGUCACUAUAAACUCACAUGACAACAAAAAUAGUAGCUAUAGCCUACACAUAGUUCACUGCUUUGUAAAUGAAGACCGGUUUUAUCUGCCAUUCAAUUCACAUACAACAUAUGCAAUGUAAUACAAAAAAUGACAAAGAACUUUGUUUUCUUUAAACUUUGUGUUGUAAAGUAGUCUAAUAAAUUGUAAAAAUAAAAAACAA